CCCCGUGGAGGUCAGAACAGCAGAAUCUCUCCCCACCUUCAAGCACAAGCUGAAGACACACCUCUUCAAGCAGCACCUCUCCCCGUCCCUCCCUACCUCCCUGUGAACCUUAAUUGUUGUCUUUACCUGUGUUACUUGUCAUAAGGAUGAUACCUUUGCUAGUUUGGUUUGGCUAGUUAUGGCUUUAAGUGGUAAGGUAGCUCUCGUAACAGGUGCCGGGCAAGGUUUAGGGAAAGGCUUUUCUGACAUUCUUCUGAAAAAUGGAGCAAAGGUAGCACUGUUGGAUAUAAAUGAAACGGUUGGGAAAAGCGCCAAAGCGGAUUUUGAUAAAGAGUACGGAGAAGACCGCACCAUUUUCUUGACAUGCGAUGUGACCUCAGACGAACAACUCAAAGAUGCAUUCCAGAAAACCAUCGAGAGGUUUGGCCGAAUCAACAUAAUGAGCAACAAUGCAGGGAUUGUGGACGAGACUAACUGGGAGAAAAUGGUGGCAAUAAAUCUGAAUGCAGUGAUUCGGGGCACCUAUCUGGCACUUCAGCACAUGAAGAAGGACACUGGAGGAGAAGGAGGGGUCAUAGUCAAUACAGCUUCCAUGGCAGGACGCCUCGAUGAUGAGUGGGUAUGGCGUGAGGAUCAACACCCUCUGUCCCACUUUUGUCAAAACUCCCCUCCUUGAAGGACUGUCCGAUGUGAAGAAACGCGGACAGUUUCUCCACCUCUCCUACCUCAGUGAGGACAUAAGAGCGAAAUUAGGGAUAAUCGAGGUACCAGCGGUGGCUGAGGGGUUCCUGCAGCUGGUGAUCGAUGAGGACAAGAACGGGGCAGUGAUGGUGGUGAAAGAGGAAGGCUGCAGCUACGUGGAUUUUCCAAAGGAAUUCAUGCUUGAUCUAAAGGCCCAUAUUC